CAGGGCUCCCUUUCUCAGGGUUCCUGCUUCCGGAUUUGCAGUGCAGAAAUCUGGCUUUCAGAUGGGGGUCGGCCAGCAGUGUUCUGCCACUUGUACCAAAGGGUCACAUUCGGAGACCUUUCCUUUGUCCAGAAGGUGUGUAGGUCCAGAUCCUCUGGAACAUGGUCAGAGCUUUCUAUUCUUUGUGCCUUCUGCACAGGCGCCCAGGAGCUUCCUGUCCGCUCUGCUGGUAUUAUGCAUAUUUCCAAAGACAUGUGGAAUGAGUGUGGCUGUGGAUUUUAAACCCAAUAUUUUACUGAUAAUGGCAGAUGAUCUUGGCAUUGGAGACAUAGGUUGCUAUGGUAACAAUACCAUAAGGACCCCUAAUAUUGACCGGCUGGCCAAGGAAGGGGUAAAACUUACUCAGCACAUUGCUGCAGCUCCACUUUGUACCCCAAGCAGAGCAGCUUUCCUGACUGGCAGAUACCCCAUCAGAUCAGGCAUGGCUUCCAGUAAUAGGUAUCGUGCCCUGCUGUGGAAUGCUGGGUCAGGAGGACUUCCUGUAAAUGAAACCACUUUUGCCAAGGUACUGCGUCAGCAGGGUUACACCACGGGACUUAUAGGGAAGUGGCAUCAGGGUAUGAACUGUGAAGCCCUCAACGAUCACUGCCACCACCCUUCAAACCAUGGUUUUGAUUAUUUUUAUGGCAUGCCUUUUACUCUUCUAAACAACUGUCAGAAAAACAAACCUCCUGAGUUGGAUGCAGCCCUUCAAGCCAAACUCUGGCUUUACACUCAAAUAAUUGCCCUUGCUGUGCUCACAGUUAUCAUUGGAAAGCUUACUGGCUUGAUCUCUGCCAGCUGGAAAAUAGUUGCCUGCUUUGCCUUAGCUGGCUCUCUUUUUUUCACUUCCUGGUACUCCAGUUAUGGAUUUGUGCAAUAUUGGAACUGCAUCCUGAUGAGGAACUAUGACAUUACUGAACAACCUAUGAAGUUGGAAAGGACGACUGCCCUUAUGCUUAAAGAAGCAGUUUCAUUUAUUGAAAGAAACAAGCAUGGACCAUUCCUCCUCUUCGUUUCCUUUUUACAUGUUCACACACCCCUUUUCACCACGGAGAAAUUUCUUGGGAAGAGCAGACACGGUUUAUAUGGAGACAAUGUAGAAGAAAUGGAUUGGUUGGUGGGCAAAAUUCUUGAUGCUAUUGAAAAGGAAGAUUUGAAAAACAACACAUUCACAUAUUUUGCCUCUGACCAUGGAGGACAAUUGGAGGCUCAAGAAGGAAAAACUCAGCUAGGUGGCUGGAAUGGCAUAUAUAAAGGUGGAAAAGGCAUGGGAGGCUGGGAAGGAGGCAUCCGUGUGCCAGGGAUACUUCGGUGGCCAGGAGUCUUUCCUGCUGACACAGUUAUUGAUGAACCUACAAGCCUUAUGGAUAUUUAUCCCACAGUGGCUCACCUGGGUGGAGGGACAGUGCCCCAGGACAGGGUAGUUGAUGGCCGGAACCUGAUGCCUUUACUACAAGGAAAAGUUCAACAGUCAGAGCACGAGUUCAUGUUUCACUAUUGUGGGUCAUACUUACACGCAGUGCGAUGGCACCAAAAGGACAGUGGUGCACUGUGGAAGGCGCAUUAUGUGACCCCCAUAUUCCAUCCAGAGGGUGCUGGAGCGUGUUAUGGAAGAGGAAUUUGCCCAUGUUUUGGGGAAGGUGUAACCCAUCAUGACCCCCCUUUACUCUUUGAUCUUUCGAGAGACCCCUCUGAGGCCAAACCUCUAUCACCUCGCACUGAGCCCCUGUUUGACACAGUAAUAAGCAGAAUAGCAAGAGCUGUUCAGGAGCAUCGCCAAACGCUGACUCCAGUCCCACAGCAGCUCUCUUUGUAUAACAUUAUGUGGAAGCCCUGGCUGCAGCCGUGCUGUGGGACAUUCCCGUUUUGCUGGUGUGAUAAAGAAGGUGACAGUGCACACCCUGCUCUGUAAAAUAGGUGGUGGUUCAUAAAAUCCUGCAACUGUGAAUGCUCUGCUACAGUCAACAUGUAAUAUCAUUUCUGAAAAAUCAUGUCUCCUUUGGGCCAAAUUAUACCCUUAAAUAUGCCAUUCUACUGCUCUCUCUCUCUCUGGGGAAUAAAGAGGCUAUAAGUGGGGACAUGGCCGAUGCAAGGAUGUUUCGCGCCCUAGGCAAAACUUCCACCUUGUGCCCCCCCUCGCGCCCCUGCCCUGAGGUGCCCCCCCUCGCCCUGAGGCACCCCCUUGCGGCAGCUCCCCAUCCUCCACCCUGAGGCACCCCUCCCACCCCAGCUCACCCCUGCUCCGAGCAUGAGCACCCCGAGCACGCUGUCGCUGCUUCACUUCUCCUGCCUCCCAGGCUUGCGGCGCCUAAGCUGAUUGGCGCUGCAAGCCUGGGAGGCCGGAGAACUGAAGCAGCCAUGGCCUCCUCGGGGAGGAGGCGGGGCAGGGGUGAUCUAGGGCGAGGAGUUCCCCUGCAUGCUGCCCCCCCACUUGCUGCAGGCGGUCCUCCCUGUGCUCCCGUGCCCCAGCUCCCUCCGCCUAAAUGCCAGCGGUGACCGGGGCGGCUGAAGAUCCAACCGCUGUGGUCGCUGCCGAAGAAAAUGGCGCCUCACUCAAAUCCCAGCACCCUAGGUGACCGCCUAGGUUGCCUAAAUGGUUGCACCGGCCCUGAGUGGGGACAAGGAGGCUAUGACAGUGCUUUCUCCCAUUCACUCUCCACUACUAGCUAGGUGCAUAAAGUGAACUCCAUGUACACAAAGAAUAGGACCUGGAGAGACUGUGCCUUCCAAUAUGAAUUUAGGAGCCCCACUUCAGGCACCUAGGUCUGAAUAUUUUGGCCAUAAGACAUCCAGAUACAGUGGCAUCUGUGUUACAAUUACUUCCUUUUCCCAGCACAUCACUGCCUCACAGAGGUAUAACUCCAUUCUCUGUUGAGCAUUUAGCUAUAGAUAAAUCUUUGAAACUGUCAGAGGUAUAUACACAAGAAAAAGUGAAAUUGGCUUAGGAAAGAACCAACUGCAAUUUUUCAACAACUUUUGAACAAACUGCAACUUUAACUGGAUAAUAGUAAAGUAAAUGAUCAUGCAUGCCAGAAAGCAGAAUAUUGCUCUUAAAGAUUUUUUUUUAUUGUCAUUUGCACAAUCGUUACUAAAAGUAGCUCUUGGUUGGUGAGCAAAAGGUCCUGUUAUAGUUUGUAACUGGCAGUUUUACUCAUAAAUGAUGCUAAUAAAAAUGUAUAUGUAAGCAAAGUCAGGCUGAGUGCUACCCUGACAUCUGGUGGUAAAUUGUAGAGUGUGGAAAGAAUUUCAAGAAUUUGCACUGGCAUCCACCCCCUUCACUUAGCAUAACCCCACAGCAGCUUGGGAUGGUGAUUUUUACAGCUCUGGGAUCCCCGAUUUCUUUGUUAUUGGGGCAGCGGAAAAAAAAAGUUUGUCACCCUAAUUGUGCGAAUGAGGAGCUGUGGGACUGCUUUGUGACAGAAAUGACUCAACCUCAGUUGGGUAGUACUUGCUGAACAUCGGACAUGGGUUCCAAAACACCAUGAAUUAAGAGAGGUUGGGGACUGGUGUGUGUACCUGAUGGUAUGGGCCCCUUUUGAGGGCUUGAAACACCAGUUGCACAUUCUUCUCUCUCCAAUGUUAAAGAGUAGAGCUAAUUUUUGAUUCUAUUAGGCGUCUAUGUAGAGACUGCUGAGCUAAAUUCAUGUUGGGCCAAUGGUGCACCAGCACCAGGGCUCCCCUGCUAAGAGCUGAAAUCACUGAAAGAGCUGAACUGAGAUCACAGAGUGCUGUGUUAACUAGUGGGGGAGCCUGAAGACCUAUCGUUAAGCGGCUGGCAGAGCAGUUUGCAGUGUGUUGGAGCAGCCCAUGGAACAGUGAGCAGAGUGAAGCGGUUUGCAGGGACAGCUGGUGUGGUGGAACUGGUCGUGGUGAAGGCUGCAGCAGAACUCCAUGGAGAGGCAGAGCAGUUGGCCCUGGCCCAUGUAAGAUGCCCCUUAACACCCUGUGUGGACUUCCCCCCUGCUUUCCACCCAGGCUGGGGGAGGGUAAAACUCUGCAGAUAAACUCUGGGGUGGCACUGACCAGAGACUUUGGGGUGAUUGGACUUAAGACCCUAAGGGAAAAAGGACAUUGCCAAACGUACCUGGGGGUGGGCUUUUUUUGUUUGUUUAUGGUUUGUGUUAUAAUCC